CGCCGAACUUCCGGGUUCCUGCCCCCUGUUUGUUGUAAUCAUCAUAUACAGUCUUUGGUUGUAAUUCAUUUCGAUCGAUCCACAGAGGAAUGGUUUUCCUUCUGCGACGGACCAGCGCCUUCUCUAUUCGUUUGGCCACUCUCUUCGGACUCCCGUGUACAUUAUACGCCAUCGGAGUAAACCCUUCCGUCUUCUGCCCUUCAAUCAGAACUGAUAACUUCAGGCACAUCAGUACCAGCUGUAGCCUUUACAAGACCAUGGCGUCCUCAGCUGCACUGCAUGUACGGGCCCGAUCCACACAGUAUCCAGGAUCCACAGUCGCACGCUUCCCUGUACCUGAUGAUAAGGUGGACUGGAGUGUGAAGUGGGCAGAGUACAAACCCAUCAGCUACACCGCCCCUACAGUUUUAAAGAACCCCGAGUGGGCAGACCCUGACAUUGGCUCCUUUUCUCCAAAAUUCAAUGCAUUAGACGGUGCUGUGGAUAGGACGAGCUUUGAUGGUAUCUACAGAGUGGAAAAUGAAGUCCCAUUAAAUCCUCGAGGGCGCACAGGAUUGUCUGGUAGGGGUUUGCUGGGGCGAUGGGGACCUAAUCACGCUGCUGAUCCGAUCGUCACUAGAUGGAAAGUAGAUGGAAGUGGGGCAAAGAUACGUCAUUCAGUCUCCAAGCAACCUAUUCUUCAGUUUGUGUCCAUCAUGAGGAAGGACUGUGGGGAAUGGGCAAUUCCUGGGGGGAUGGUAGAUCCAGGGGAGCAAGUUUCUCUGACUUUGCAGCGAGAGUUCUCAGAGGAAGCGCUGAACUCACUCACAGUCCCACCGUCAGACAGGGAGAAAAUCUACGAGCGCAUCACCAAACUCUUCAGCUCUAACGGGUCUCAGGUCUAUAAAGGUUACGUUGACGAUCCUAGAAACACGGACAACGCGUGGAUGGAGACAGUUGCUGUAAACUUUCAUGAUGAAUUGGGCGAUAGUGUGAGUGAGCUGCCUCUGCAGGCUGGAGAUGAUGCAGGACAGGUGAAAUGGGUUGACCUUGACUCGUCUUUAGACCUUUAUGCAAACCACUCCCAUUUCUUAGAGAUGGUUGCUAAGGAGAGAAAAGCCCACUGGUAAUGGAAGACAAUGGACUGUUGGGAUGUCAAAAUGAAGAGCAACAGACAAGACUUCAUGUGAUCAAAAUAUUUAUCUGACUGUUGUUUUUUUAGUGCAAAAACUAAUUUAUAAUCCUGUCAUGUUAGAUAAAUUAUUCACACUCAAAUAUAUAAAGGGGAGUAUAAUAAUAAAAUGCCAUCUUGUCUUGAAUAAUGUAAAAAUGACAAAGCCUGCUUCUAAAGCCAACAAACUUGCAGAUAAAUAUAAUGGAUAAGGAUGCUUUCAAGUAUAACUAAUGUUCAUGUCAGCAUACAUCACUAUUCUUACUGAAGCACUGAUGUUCAUAAAAACCAAGUGUCUUUAAGGUGUCUUUAAGGUGCUUUUUACAAUAGUAAAUACAUUACAAUUUAUAUAGGUGGAUGGAAACAUUCUGAUGUGACUAACCUAUCUAGAGAAGAAAAUCAGUAAGCAUCUGUCAGAGAGAUAAAGGAAUCUGAGUCCAAUCUGAUUUAUGAAACCUCAACCUUUUAUAAGAAAGUCUGAAUUAGAUUAAGUCCUCUUCUAGGAGGCAUCAUGAUUCCAGUCCAUCAUCAGUCCUGCUGAUAAUAUUGACGUUCAGCUGUUGCAAGUUUGAUCUCCGCAGCACAAGUAAUAUUGUCCAACUGUGGUGCGUUCAGGGUACAUUAUAAAACACAUCCCAAAAUACCAUUAAAGUACAGCGAAAUUACAUUUAUUUCUUUUUUUUAAGGUGCAGGGUAUUGCCAAUGCAAUUUUCCACAAUCGUGCCAUUUUUUAUUUGUCAAUUAGAUCUAAGUUGUUGCUUUAAAUGUCUAUUUUUGUUUUCUAUUAAGCAUUUGUCAAUUAGCAUGUUCAUGACAUUACAGUAUUAGCAGCAUUGCAAACUUAUUCACUGUAUCCUCCUUGAACAUUGUUGUUUCUUUAAUUAACUCCAAAUAAAGUACAAGUUAUAAAGUAAAA